AUGUUGAUUUCUUCAGCUGAAAAAGGAGAGAUCUUGAUCCCUCAGUCUCCAGUUAGCUCAAUGUCAGUUCCUGAAUCUAUUGAAUCUCCCCAACCUGUUCCUUUGCUCUACACCGAUGUAAAUGUUGUUCCUGAGCAUGAAAUGAAUGAGCUUGAAAAAUCAAUAACAAACCUCCAAGGGGAAGUUUUGGAAUUGAAGUCGAUGCUGAAGUCAUUUGAUGAAAAGAGAAGGGAAAUUCUGAACAAGAUUAUAGACACUAAAGGAAGUAUACGUGUGUUUUGUAGAGUUAGGCCAUUUCUAUUGACAGAAAGGAGACCAAUUUGUGAACCUGUUUCGUUUGGACCAGACAAUGUUAUUGUUAGAUCUGCUGGAACUCGAAAGGAAUUUGAGUUUGAUAAGGUUUUCCAUCAGACGGCAACUCAAGAAGACGUUUUCGGAGAAGUAAAACCGAUUCUUAGAUCUGCCCUUGAUGGUCACAAUGUAUGUGUUUUGGCGUAUGGUCAAACAGGGACAGGCAAGACUUUCACCAUGGAUGGCACAAAUGAGGAACCAGGUCUUGCUCCUAGAGCUAUGAAAGAGCUUUUCAAUGAAGCUUCGAUAGAUCAUACACAUUCCGUGACUUUUACAAUGAGUAUGUUGGAAAUCUAUAUGGGUAACCUGAAAGAUCUCUUGUCUGCAAGACAGCCUUUGAGGUCAAAUGACGCCUCAACUAAAUGCAAUCUCAAUAUUCAAGUAGACUCAAAGGGUUCUGUCGAAAUCGAGGGUUUGACUGAAGUGGAAGUACCGGAUUUUACAAAAGCUAGAUGGUGGUACAACAAAGGGAGACGUGUCAGAUCAACUUCUUGGACAAAUGUGAAUGAAGCUUCGAGCAGAUCUCAUUGUUUAACAAGGAUCACAAUCUUUCGUCGUGGGGAUGCUGUGGGGUCAAAAACUGAAGUUAGCAAGCUUUGGAUGAUAGAUCUUGGAGGAAGCGAGAGGCUGUUGAAGACCGGGGCAAUAGGGCAAACUCUGGAUGAAGGUCGGGCCAUAAACCUCUCACUUUCCGCUCUUGGAGACGUGAUUGCUGCUUUGAGGAGAAAGAAAGGACAUGUGCCCUACAGAAAUAGCAAGCUAACUCAGAUCCUUAAAGAUUCUCUAGGUACUAGAUCAAAGGUUCUGAUGCUUGUGCACAUAAGUCCACGUGAUGAAGAUGUCGGUGAAACAGUUUGCUCUCUGAGCUUUACAAAACGUGCGAGAGCCGUAGAAUCUAACAGAGGACUAACAGCAGAACUUCGAAAGCUAAGAGAAAAGAAAAUAUCGGAACUUGAAGAAGAAAUGCGAGAAAUUCAACGUAAUUGCAGGAAUACCAAAUUGCGGCUACAGGAAGCAGAGUGUCUACUUAGUGAGAACAAGAAACUCUUUUGGAUCACCAAUGAUAAGCAUCUAGAAGACAUCGAAAAGAGAGUUCUUUCGCCUUUAGAUCAUCUGAAAGAGACCGAUGUAACGCCAAAACCAUCUGAUAAACUUGUGAAAGUAAGCAAGAGUUCUGGGUUUGUCCCUCGUUUCAUGACUUCAACUGUUGCUAGUCGUCAUAGGCAAACUACCUCAGAGAAAGAGAUCAAUGCAAAGGCACAGAGCAUACGAUCAGUGGCGAAAACUUUAACUCAGCUCUCCAAUUCUCAGUCGUUUAGCCUCUCUGAAACGCGUAGCAGAGGUCUCCUUAGAAGAUCAUACACAAAACCGCUUCAAGCUCCAGCUAACAGUGGAACACCAGAAACACCUAAAAAGGAUACCAAAGAUAUUUCUUUAGCAAAAAAGAAUAUCAAAGAUACUUCUUUUCCAAGAAGCAAGAUGGUUACUUCAACAGAUCCAAAUGUGAGAGCUAAACUUUGUCACCACAGACGAAGAAUGUCAAGCUUGACAUGA